UCUUCCCAUCUUCCUCCUCUCACUUCACCACACAAACCACACCACUCUCUCUGCUCUUCCACAUGGCUAGACUCCCUCCUCCUCUUCCUCUUCUCUCCGUCCACCUUCCUAUCACCGAGAAAACACCUGAAUCCGAGUUAACCCCGACUCGACUCGGUUUCCCAAACGAGUUCCCUUACGAGUUCGACUCUCCAUCAUUCUCCCCUGGCUUCACCUCUCCAGGUAACUCCACCGAGACCGAAGACGAGAGCAGCGACGACGAAGAAGACUUCCUCGCCGGGUUAACUCGCCGACUCGCUCCCUCAACUCAGCGCCUCCCUCCUCCUUCCUUCAACUCCAAGCAAGAAGAGAAACGUAAAGUUCAAGCAACAUCUCCACAGUCAACACUAAGCGGACUCGGAAGCACAAGUCCCAUCCUUCCACCUUCUCAACCCCAUACGUCGUCGUUUAGGAGAGACAAUGCGUGGGAUGUGAUCUCCGCUGCGGCUGGAGAAGUAGCUAGACUCAAACUUGAAAGCUCAAACGCAAAUCUUAACCUCCGCCGCCAAAACGCUGCGUUUCAAACCGAGCGAUAUAUCUACCAGCAGCGUCUUCUUGACCAGAUGUGGCUUUGUUCUCAGACAAGAGUCAAACCCUCGGAGAAUCAUUUCUCGAAGAGAGUAGUGAACGAAGAGUUAGCGUUUGAAAACUUGAGACACAUGAAGCGUAAUGCUUUAUCCAACGCCACGUGGACACCUCAACACGUUGUAACUCCCUUAAAACGUCCUUCUACCGGCACUGGUGUUUUUCUUCCCCGGAGAUACCCAACAACCACUUCUUCAGAGCCCAUCAAAAAGUCAGCACCAGUCAACAGAACAUCUUUGCCGCAGCUAAAAGUCAACCCUCCGCAGACGCUUAACCUUGAUGAGUUAACUAACGUUGGGUCAAGACUUAGCCAGUUCGAUUACGACUGCAUGUUGGCAAGAAGUACAUUACUUGCUCGUCAGGGAAAUUUCAGACCAGCUGGUUGUCUGAAUCAAGAAAGACGUCUUCCUCAAGACUGGAUGUAUUGAAUACUGUUGUUCUGUCUUAAGAAGUUUGAAGAAUCAAAAGGAGCGUAGCUAGAAGUGGUUUGGUGGUUAGGUUAUAAACUGAUAUAUUGUUAUGUCCUGAUUAGUAGUAAUAAGGAUGAUAGGUAGAAUAAAAGGUUGGGAUAUUACAAGUUUGCUUACAUUAUUAUAUUUUGUAACCUGUUAGUAAUAAGCUCUCUAUAAUUUUUUUGUUGACCUUGGGAGGGUUUAAGGGAAUUGUGUUGUGUGGGGUACUAUUAUUUUUUUUGUCACAUGGUCGACAUUCGAAGGUCAAAAUGUGUUGGUGGGAUAUUUUUGUUUUUGUGUUAACUUUUAAUGGAUUUCACCUAUAUUUGGAGGAUCUAAUGUUGUUGUAAUAAAAACAUUGGUAUUAUUUUGUUUGUGUAAUAAAAUUAUUAAGAAGC